AUGGGACAAUUGGCGACCGAUGUGAACCUAUUGAAAGCUCAAGAAUCCACAAAGCUUCCUUCACAACCAUUUGUGAAUCCAAGAGAGAGUAACUCAAUUUCCUUGAGGAGUGGAAAACAAGUGGAGAAACCAAAUCAACAAGAUAAGGUGCAUGAAAAGUUAGUCGAAGACAAAGAAGAAACCACACCAAAGGAUAAUUCCAAGGAACCGGUUCCUACUUUCACCACUCCACCCCCAUUUCGUAGCCUAUUUUCUAAGUCGAAGAAAGAGUUGGAAUACAAGGAUAUUUGGGAUAUCCUUAAAAAAGUACAAGUCAAUAUUCCACUCAUUGAACCUAUUCGACAAAUUCCUCGUUGUGCAAAGUUCUUAAAGGAUUUGUGCAUGAAUAAGAAAAGAUUAAAAGGGAAUGAAGUCAUGAGUGUGGGGGAGAAUGCUUCGCCGUUCAUUCUCAAGAAACUCCCACCUAAAUUAAAGGACCCCGGUAGUUUCACCAUACCUUGCACAAUCGGUAAAACAAGGUUUACUCGAGCUUUGCUAGAUUUGGGAGCAUCGAUUAAUGUUAAUAAGCUUGUAUUCCCGACCGAUUUCUAUGUCUUAGACAUGAAUGAUGAGAACUCUCCGAAGUCUACACCUUUGUUAUUGGGUAGACCAUUCUUAAGCACCGCUGGAACGAAGAUUGAUGUCCAAAAUGGGACAUUGACUAUGGAGUUUGAUGGUGCGGUCAUCCACUUCAAUAUCUUUGAGACAAUGAUAUACCCAAGUGAUGUUAAGUCAUGUUUUCCCAUUAAAGAGAUUGAUGCGGGUUAA